UUCUGCAGGGUGGAUGGCACCUCCUCUGAUGUGAGGGGAAUAAAUUGUGGAGUUCCCCAAGGCUCUUGUCUUGGUCCACUCUUGUUCCUGAUUUACAUCAAUGAUUUGCCUUUUUCCUUGCAAAAAUCUCAUGUCAGCAUGUAUGCUGAUGACACGGCCAUUUCCCUCUCUUCAAAAAGUAUUGGUGACCUUCAAAAUGACCUAAACUUAGAUCUUUUGAAACUACAGGAUUGGUUGCAUGCAAAUAAACUUUCCUUGAACGUAGUGAAAACGCAGUCACUUGUUAUAGGCUCUGGUCCAAACAUCCGUAAGAUCGAAAGCCAGCCUGAUGCUCCACCAUCUUUUUCUUUUUCAAUAGGUGAUCAGAACAUUGAAAUGAUCACCAACACAAGAUACUUAGGUGUUCAGAUAGACAGUAAGCUCAACUGGGACAAGCAUAUCGAUACUAUCAAGACCAAGGCUAAUCGAGCCCUUGGACUUAUUAAGUAUUCUAAGAAAUAUCUUCCAUCUGACAUCCUCAACAAAAUGUAUAGAGGAAUUGUUGAGCCCCAUUUGAGCUACUGUUGUUCCGUUUGGGGCUGCUGUAAUGAAUCAAAGCUUGAUGUGUUGCAAAAAAUCCAAAAUAGAGCUGCCAGAAUUGUAACUAGCAGCCCAUACGAUGCGUCUGCUGCUCCGAUAAUUCAGAAUCUUGGCUGGUUAACCAUCAGAAAUCUUGUAAGAAAGGAGACAACUUACAAAUCUCUAAAUAUGCUUGCACCAGACUACUUGAGAAAAUUAUUCGAAAAAUGUUCGGAUGAUAGAGAACGGUUUCUGCGUUCAUCAGAAACUGAUCUUAAGAUACCGCUGCUAAAAACAAUAAAUGGCCGAUAGGCUUUUUCUUAUCGCGGUCCAAAACUGUGGAAUAAUCUAGAAAGGUCUACCAAAUUGGCCCCCUCCCUGAAAACCUUCAAAGAACAACUAAAGUCGGGGACAACUUUUAUUUCAUCUUUACGUUCACUUUUUAUAGCUUUAGUAUUAUUAAAUAUUGUAAAUUAGGUUUGAUUGGUAAAUUUCUUUUGUUACUAGUAUUUUAACAUAGUUAUUAGCUCUUAUUUUAAUCUUUUAAACAGGUCAGGUUGAAAAACAUAUGUAUGAACCUUUAACCUGUAUAAAUAUUAUAAAAUGAAAAAAAUGAGGGAGCGGUCAUAAAAUAUCAACUAUAUGGGGGUGGAGGAUUUUCCAAAAAUUUAACAAAGUAAUUAAUAGCCCAUUCUAUAUUCCUAUUUUAUCUUUGUGGCCCAAUAGCAAACUCAGAAUAUUUUUGCAAGCUUGCAGCCUAUAAAACCCUAAAAGUAAUGUUUGUGCUGGUAAUUGAAGCUAUUAUAUAGUUUUUCAAAAUUCAAUGUACUGUUAUACUGUUGAUUCAGAUUGUUAAAAAACAAGGUUGCUUUUUGUGCUGAUUCUGCCUCGUUGAUUCUACCACUUUAAUUGAACUAUGGUUCAGAACAUAAAGGGUUUGAUCGCACUGCAUGCCAAGCAUUCCUCUCUUGAUAGAAGGCUGGAAUUUUCAAAGAGACAGAAAUGCUUAUCUCUGUAGAAAUUUCGUGAUAGAUAGAGGGGGUUCGGUAUGGAGCGGGUUCAGGCAGGAUUCAGCGGAACCAGCCUGUGCAGCCGAGUCACUAGCCCGCCUCCAACUCAUAUAAAACUAUUUACAACGUAUAUUUACCAGCAUAGCGUGUUAAAGACCUUACUCGCGAACAGGGGCGCCUACACAGGGGGCUGGAGGGACAGCUGCCCUCUUUGAAGAGGGGCAGAGAAGACUAGAAGUGCCCUGAAAUAUAAGAAAACACUAUAGGAUAGUAUCGAUAAUGACCACUUGAUGUUAAUAUCUAUUAAAAAAUAUUAGAAAGAUGUUAACACCAGCACAAAAACGCAAAGGAUAAAAAGUUUGUCUGUGACAAGGUCAACCACAAGAGAGAGAGCGACAAAGAUAGUAGAUGAUAAACAAACGAUGUGUUCCCUCAUAAGUACUCCAGGAACCUAAGGAGGAUAAAUCGGUAUAAAAACUUAGCGGACAUCAAAAUUUUACAACCAGUCCAUUCAUAACAGCCAUGAUUUUUUAUAAAACCAAACAUUGUGAAUAGUGACAAGGCUAUUUAAUACCCAUUUUUAUGUAUAGAUAAUUUUGUCGACAUUUUCUUUAUGUUUAGAAUCUUUGGUGGUGUUAUAGAGCUAAAUUUAGGAAUUUCACUUGGUUUUUUGUAUACGAUACGUAGGUAUUUUGUAUGUUAUAUAGAUUAUUAGGAUAUCCCCCUUGUGCACGCGAGAGAUGAUCCCAAGACUGAAACUUCAAAGAAUGCCGGUUUCUUGCGAGCGGCUAUACUUUUUUGAAAAAAAAACAUUCUAGUCUAAAGUAGACUUUCCCAAAGUCUAUUUUUUGUUAAAUCCGUAAGGAAUUCGUACUACUGCGAGAGCAUAUCUAAAUUGCGGAGGAGACGAUUCCACACCUACUCCCGAUAUCAGCGAUACCUACUUCCAAAUGGCCUCAAGGGAAUGUGGAGGUGGAAAGAUUCAAUCAGCUAUUUCGAAAAGCAUUGAAACUGCUACAAUUGAAGGAAAGAUGUGGCAGCAAGAAUAAAAUCGUUUUUUGUUGCAAUACCGCGCCAUGCCACACAGUAGAGCCAAAGUAUCUCCUGCGGAGUUACUGUACAACAGAGCAGUUCAAGGAAUGUUACCUUCGCUGAAAAACACAACGUUAUUAAUGGACACAAAGAAGAAUGAACUUUCAAGUCAGGCAUAUAACAAACUUUACGCAGACAAAAUACGAAGUUAGGGGUCGGGAGCACAGGCGAUUCCUUUGCUUAAAAAGAUUGGGCGUGUGACAUCUUGUUUUAUUUGUACCUAACUGAAAGAAAGUUGUGUACUUUGAGUCGUCGAUACGACCUUACCCUUUAAGGAUCUUCUUCAGACUACGAUGCAAAUUAAAUGGCGUUUUGACUUUGAAUCUACGAGAAUUGUGAUUUAACGUAGCGCAGGAAUGCUAAUCUUUCUAUUGCUUCUUUUUUGCAGAUUUUAUGACGAUUGGCAUAUCAACAAUUGAGCGCAAAAAGGACGGUAAACGAUAUAGCUAUCUAUCUAGGACGCUGAACAGUUUGAUUUCGAAAAUGCCAACAGCAGCAAAAAUGGAAGUGGUCAUUGUGAUAUUGUGUGCAAACAGAGAUUCGGACGCUAACGAAAGAACCUACAAAGAAAUUCAAAAUACUUUCCACGAGCUCAUUGUCAAAGGAUUUCUACAAGUCAUAGUCGCACCCGAGCGGUUCUAUCGCAGUUUGGAAAACCUGCCAAAAACAUUUAAUGAUUCUUCAUUGCGAAUGAAAUGGCGGAGCAAGCAGUCGCUUGAUUACGCUUUCUUGUUGUAUUACUGCCAUGGCCUAGGCGAAUAUCAUCUCCAAAUCGAGGACGAUGUUGACAUCGAGGCGGGGUACUACGAGAAGCUCAAAAGCGACAUUGUUACAACCAAAGUACCAUGGGCAAUAUAUCAGUAUUAUAAAAUGGGAUUCAUUGGAAAGCUCUUCAAGUCUCAAUACUUGCAGUUAAUUGCAAACAUUUUUAGGAUAUAUUACUUCGAAAUGCCUUUGGACCUUUUAUACAUUCAGCCAUUCAUCCUUUCUAAUCUUAAAAACAGGCAAAAAAUUGCAAGUAAAUUUUUGUUCCAUCAUAUUGGGAAACAGUCUUCAUCCCAAAAUUCCGACAUCUAUUAAAGUACAGAAAAGUAUUGCUAAAUUUACUGAUAUUUACAUUUAGGCCCCUAAAAUGCUUUCAAAGUCGACUGACACACUUUUCAGCAUCUUAACUCAUGUACUAGGUUUAUAGACUUUGCUUUUUUGUAAUUUAAUUUGCAUAAAAGGCGUUCUCGUUUUGUAAACUAUAGUCUUUUUCGCUUA